AUGGUUUCAACAAGCAGGGCAUGGAUUGUGGCAGGCAGUAUUGGAGCUGUGGAGGCACUGAAAGAUCAAGGAUUCUGUAGAUGGAAUUACACCAUAAGAUCGCUACACCAGCAUGUCAAGAACAACCUCAGGUCCUUCUCUCAGACCAGGAAGCUCUCUGAAUCUCAAUCUUCUGCAAUGGUUUCAAGUAAAGUGAGAGAAGAGAAAUCAGAACAGUCCGAGGAGUCUCUGAGAAAAAUCAU